AUGACUGAAGCGAGGUUGAGGUUCGAAAACACAAAAUUUAAACGUAAGCCGGCUUUUAAUUAAUAGGAAUCUUCAGUUAAAUUCUCGAAUGAAUUAUAUACCAUCAGAUAUCUGGAAGGAGCUCCAGAUGCUGACGAGUUGCUCAAGAAAUGGACUAUUGCUCAUGAGAAGAAAGCCAGUAUCCUUCCACGGUAAAUCGACGGCCCUUUGAUGAUAUCUUUAGGAAUAAAUUUGUCCGAUGGCCCUUCGAACAGAGUGUUCUUCGAGCUACGGUAAAUUCAAUUCUGAAGGAAAGUUGGAAUGAUGAUAUGGGGUUCGCGGUAUGUGUGGGAUAAAAUUCGAGUUUAUGUUUUCUUGUCAGAGGGUUUGGUUCUGGCUGGUUAAACAGGAACAAUUCAAAGGCCAUUCUCAAGACCCCGAGGACCAGUUGGCCAAAUUUCCUCGAGAUUCUUUCGUUAGAAUCGAAUCAGAAGAGAUCUUAUUAUGGUUCUGGACAGCCGAGAAGUUGGCAUUGAUCAACUUUUUCUCCGGAAAAUAUCAUGAUGAUGACAUUCGGAGAGAAAAGGGGAUAAUAGGUAUGCGAACAUUAUAUACUCCCCGCCAAAAGUUUUGACCCCCCUUCUAACUCGGUCCAAAGUGGACCAAUUUGGACCAAAUUUGGUACGUAGUCUACUGACAGCCUAUUAGUAAAAAAUAUCAUAGUAGGACAAACCAUGUAGCUGUAUUUCAAAACCCAGGGACAAUUUUCAAAAAUCACCUCAAAAAAACGGGACAAAAGUUUUGACCCCCCUGCAAGAAAAUUAAAUAUCGCCAGCGGGUGUAAGUAGAACCUUUUACAACCGGUGUCCCGUACCUGAACAUGGGUUAAUAAAUGCUUUUUCGUUGAAUGCUUCGUUGCAUUUGAGGAUGCAACGCGUUAAACUGAUUUUAAUGUAGAGCUGCCCAAAAUGGUAAAAAUCUUGUACUGGCGCUUUCUAAAAGUUCUAAAUUAUGUUCACAUAAUGUGAUCUUGACGUGUUAUAACCUGCAUUAACCUUUUCCUUUCGAAAAAUGUCCAUGAUGGCCUAGCGGUAUCGAUUCGGCCGAUAUCCAGUUGUCAUGGUCAGCCUUGGUGAGCCAUUUGCUCUUUCACUAAAGGUCUAGAUGUGGUCGCUAGGUCCUCAAUCUAAUCCUGAGACUCCUAUUUACUCUCAGCAGGGUAAAAAGUUUCGAUUUGACGCGUUUUGGAAUGGGUUUCAUUCACCUUAAUCUUAAGUUUGCCGUUACUGUAGAUGCCCCUGAGUACGAUACCAACCCCACCGCUCAUUUGUCGUUCCAUACGUCUCAAAUCAGUAUGGCGGGUGCUGUAGCGUCCUAAAUUACCUGUGCCAUCAAAUGAAGGCCGUUUUUGGUCGCAAAAAAUCCAUUUGAGAAAAGCGGGUUUUUCGUUAAGGUGCAGAUCGGCAAAAUUGCAUCUGCAAACCAUAUGAGAUCGUGUCAGCGGGAGUUUAUUCUUGGUUUAAGAAUUGAUAUGAGUCUUAGGAUUAGAUUGAGGACAUAGCUACCACAUCUAGCCCUUUAGUGAAAGAGCAAAUGGCUCACCAAGGAUGAUCAUGACAACUGAAUAUCGGCCGAAUCGAUACCGCUCGGCCAUCAUGGACAUUUUUCGAAAGGAAAAGGCUAAUGCAGGUUAUAACACGUCAAGAUCACAUGAUGUGAACAUAAUUUAAAACUUUUAGAAAGCGCCAGUACAAGAUUUUUACCAUUUUGGGCAGCUCUACAUCAAAACCAGUUUAACGCGUUGCAUCCUCAAAUGCAACGAAGCAUUCAAAAGUAUAUUCAGGUACGGGACACCGGUUGCAAAAGGUUCUGGUUACACCCGCUGGCGAUAUUUAAUUUUCUUGCAGGGGGGUCAAAACUUUUGUCCCGUUUUUUUGAGGUGAUUUUUGAAAAUUGUCCCUGGGUUUUGAAAUACAGCUACAUGGUUUGUCCUACUAUGAUAUUUUUUACUAAUAGGCUGUCAGUAGACUACGUACCAAAUUUGGUCCAAAUUGGUCCACUUUGGACCGAGUUAGAAGGGGGGUCAAAACUUUUGGCGGGGAGUAUAAAUUACACUUAUAUUAACAUCUUUAGAAUCCCGAGGAGUUGGUAAGAUCAGAUUAGUACGACCAAGCACAGCUGUGUCUCUCUCGAACCUGGCCCGAUUCCGAAUUAGAAAAUAUUUUGAAGAGCGGUGAGUAAAACGGUAUAGUUAAUCUAAAAUGUUAUGUUUUAGAGAAGGAGUACUCUUUAACAAUUCCUGGCUGAGUGGAACGGGGUCCCUGACUUCUCAGAGCAUUCGAAAUCGAAUAUUAAGUUUGAUGAAUGCCUUCCAUAGAGGAAUUGACGAAGGGCUGAUACCGUAUCUCCCAAUCAAAAAGAAAAGAGCUACCGAAAUUACGUUGAGCCAAGAGUGCACGAAAAGCGCUCAUGCAUCGAUCAAAGGAUACAUCCAAACGUUACAGAAUGCGGUAAGUAUCAAAUAUGAUUAUAGGAGUGUUAUUUAUUAGAUGGGUGUAAUCAAGGUGGAAUGCAAAGCACAAGAAAGGAAACUGAACAUCUCAUUGGAUAAACUGAAGGAUGAUUUGAAGUCACCAAUCCUGGAACUCGCCCGUCAUGAGAGAAUUCGGCUGACAGCAGACGAGAUCACGCAAUAUACCGAUGAAAUACUCAAAUUCGUGGACAAAAGCAACGAUGAGUUUCAGCGGAACCCAGUGAUCACACAAUUCUCGUCGCUUAUUCAUAAUGAGCCGGUAAUAAAACAACUUAUUAAAAGUAGCAGUUUCUAGAUUCCCCAAAAUGCUGUUGAGAACUACCUUAUUGAGAGAUUCCUAACCUCCCGCGAGAGUUUAAUCAAACUUUCCAAAGGUCCCAAAGUGAUAAAAGCCAAUUGUUUUUCCAUCGAAAUGUCAAAAGUUUGGGGAGUCCUGGAAGACAGAGCCCAUACCGUAAUUUUGAAGUGCUCUAGACAAAUCAGAGAGAGUUUUCAUGAGUAAGUUUUCUCACAGUAACCUCAAAGAUACCGUUUUUUACAGAUCGGUGGCGUCGUUGCAAAAGGAGUUCAACAAAUUCAAAAAAGUUCUCAAUUUCCGUUCGAUGGAUCCAACGACAAUGUUGAAGAACAAAGUGAGGCCCUAAACUAAUAAACUAAGUCUGUGUAGGGCGAAGUGAUGGAGAUAACCCAAUUCGAUCUCCCGAGAGCUGUAAACGCAUUGGUCGAAGCGUAUGAUCGAAUGCACAAAUUAACACAAGUCAUCCAAUUUGAUCCAGCUGAACAUGACUAUUUGAUUAAUGUAGCGCUAACAAGACGAGCAUUGCCUCGGCAUAUAGCUGAUCAUAAUAUGUUUUUCCAAAGAAGAUUGCAUAUCUUCGCACAUUUUGUUAGAGUAAGUAUACGGUAGCCGAAAAGGAAUGACUCAACAAGGAAAAAUUACUUUAGAAACGGGAAGAGACCAUAAAACAACAGACAGACGCGGCAAUCGUCCAAUUAAAGGUUAUCCAUGGCUUCAUUGAUCCACAAGAAGUUGAUCAAUAUCUCAUCGAAAUGAGAGCUCUGAAGCCAAUGGUUAUGGAUCUGCUCAAUGAACUGAAAGAACUCAACUGCCAAGAGAAGGUGAAACUUCUUCCGAUAUGAACAACGUGUUAUCGGUUUUCAUAUUGGUUGAUUUAAUAUCAGACAUUAAUUUAGGUGGUCAACUUCCCGGUGUUGCACCUCCCUGAACUGACAUCCCUCGGAGACCAAGUGAACGUUUUGUGGUCGCUCUUCGAAUGGUGCAAACGAUUCCACGAGUUCCGAAAGUAAGUUUACGUGAUAGACAAGCCAAAUUCAGGGAUUUCUUCAAACGACGACGAACAGAUAUCCGCGUGUCAGAUUGCCAAAACUUUGUGGACUCGUUCUUCGAAAUUUUGGCUUCGAUCGGCCCCAAAAUUGAGAUCCAAAAAGCAGCCAAAGCCUUCUCAACGCAACUAAAAGCGGAGAUAGAACAAUUCAGACAUCAUAUUCCAGUGCUCGAGGUCAUGUCCUGUCCUCGGUUGAAUGAACGACAUUGGCAGAAGAUGUCUGACAUUGUCGGCUUUAAUCUGGCACAAUACGCGAAUGCAACCGUCGCUCAGAUCACUGAGCUCAAUUUGAAUCUGUAUGUCAGCAAACUGAAGCCGAUUGCUUUUAUCGCGGAGAGAGAGGGAGCAAUCGCUGAUCAGGCCAACUUCAUUACUGAUUUUUGGACUGAGGUAAGGCUUUCUGGAGGAUAAGGCAAGAUUAGAAGAUGGUAUCGACAAUUUAUUGAGAAGGACUGUGCCUUUAUUUUUAGGCAUCCUUCAACAUGAUUUUAACAGACUUCUGGGGGAUCCAGAUCCCUUCCAACUUGGCCACCUUGCUCAAGUCAUCAGAAGAACAUAACACAAAGAUCCGUGCUUAUAGAGAUCCGGAUGACAAGAGCUACACCAACCAGAGUUUAGACCAAUGGACCGAUGAUCUUACAAAGCUUUUGCAGAUAUUGAAGAAAUGGAACAAAGUCCUGGAGACCUGGAAACGGGUAGCCAAUGUGAUGAGGCAUUCGAGUCAGAAGGUUAUCGAUGAAUUCGAAGAGUUUCGGACGUGCACAAAGUAUUUUAGGUAUGGGGUUUCGAAAAUAAUCAAAAACUAAAAACAAUUACAGAAGAUUGUCUCGUUACGUCGAUGAAGAACGAUUUGUAAUUAAGAUUAUUGAUGGAAAACACAUAAAUUGCUGGCUAGAUCUCGCCCAAAAGCAUCUAGACAGAUGUGUAAAUGGAAUGCAAAAAUAUCUGAUAAAUCUUCGAGUAGUCAACCCUCGGAUUGCGCUAAUGUCCAACGGAGAUUUGUUGAAACUAUUAUCCAUCAAUGACAUCGACGAGGCGCUAAUGAUCCUGCAAAGAGAAUGCUUCCCCCUUCUCAGAAGCCUGGUCGAAAUGGACACCAAAUUAGUCUGUAUAAACAUUGAAGGCAAGUGUAAAAAACAAGGGGUAAUGCCGCGAUUCCAGGAGAAAAAAUAAAAUUAGAUGGAUUAUUAACAACAGACGUUCUUUAUGAUCAAGGACCCAAAGAGUUCUGCAUCGCGCUGGAGAAGGUCCUCAAAGAACUCAUUAUAAAGGUAAAGAGGAAUUCAAGAAGCAGCAACAUCGGUUUAGGAUUACGUCAAAUUCACGCAACAUAGAAGCUUGAUGAAAUCUCAAUUCCGAAUCACCCAUGUCAUCAACGACUUCAUUUUACACAUGAACACAGAAAGCGGAUUCAAAUAUAACUAUGACGUAAGCAGAGUCCAGAAGAGCUAUUUCAAAGCUAGCAUGAUUGUAUGUGGGUGUGCUGUCGAUAAGAUCAAUAGUUGAGAAGAUGUUUUUUUGUUUUCUGCAACAAUUACGUAAUUGUUGUAGAGGAUUACGGUAACUGCAGUUACCUUUAAAUCACAGCAGGUGUGUGUGUAUAACCCCAUCCUUCAAAAAUAUAAAUUGUACAGUAACCGCGUCAUUUACAAAUUAUGCGGAAUCCGUCGAACCGCGUUUUGGGUAGGUCAAAACAUGAUGGUCGAUGCAAAAAUGUCCGGCUCCUUUGGAGGGAAGCUUCAUUUUGUGAAAAAUCUGUUUUGCAUCUCUUAUCCAUAAUUGGCUGCGUGGAAAUUGGGCUCAAGUUAUCAUCACUGAAUUUUAGGAUGAGACCAACGAAGUCCAAAUUAUUCUCCGAGGCAAUAACAUGGUGCUCCCUCUCUGUCCCGACUUUAUUCAUUCUUUGAUCCCAAUGGUGUUGACUGAGUAAGAACGAUCUCUGUACAGUAACCAUUCCUAUUCUAGUGCCAUCUUCACUCAUAAUUGGGCCCUUGGAAAGGUCCCGGUCUUCUCCGGCCAAUUGAAUGAAGUCCGAUCUCGUGUCCAAUCUCUGGCCAGGAAUCUUCUGACCUCCGUUCGUUUCGUUAAUUGUCAUCCGAGUUUAGAGAACGAUGUUUUUGAUAAGGUGGUCAAGGUAAGUCAAGCCGUUUUUUAUUAUUGCUAAUGAUCGUAGGCUUGUCAACGGAACGAAGUCCUGUUUGUUUUGGAGAACCUGGAUCAACUCACGGAGGCUCAGUUGAACUACCUGUUGUUGACCAUUGACCGAAUUGAGAAGGACUGUGCUCGGUUGAUUCUUUGCAGCACCAAUACUUCGUUUGCACAUCGAUUGAGUAACCAUGUGAAGUUAUUUUUACAUCAUCAAGCAAACGAGAAUAAGUCAAGUAUGGAUAAAUUAGCUCCAAAGAGCACUCCGGUAAAAAGAAGAAGGAGUUCGGUGGCACCUCCAACAGCUGCUGGACAAAGACCACCUCAGGUUACAUUAUAAUCACUUUUUAAUGCAUCGUCUCUAGAUAAUACUGCAAAAAAGUAAUUUUAGCAAAAAGAAGUCGAAAAAUCAACCAAGAAUCCGGAAGACAUCGUGAACGACGCCUUGUUUGGCGCCGAAGCUAUCAACUUUACUAUGUCCAAUGUAAACUUUGCCCUGGCUUGUGCUGGGUCGUCAGCCAAGGAUGCAUUAAUUGCAACUAUGAGCAAAACAAAUUCAAGAGCUACCUGGAUUUAUUUUGAUGCUCUGGAACAUAAUCAACUGGUCUCGAGCGAGGAAGAUUUUGGGGAGGAUAACCUUGGAUAUCUGAUAAAAUCCCUUCGAAGUAUCAUGCCCGUGGUCGAAGAAAAGGCGGAGAGAAUGUGUAAGGGAUUGCUAUUCCUCCUUGUGCAACCUUUAUGAUUAUUAUUGUAGCCACCUCUCAUUCGAACCGGGUUACCACUGCGUUUAGUCGAGCCGGCACUAGUGGAACUGGCCUCAGCGAUGAGACCGCAUCGAGAAGACAGUCCGUUUCUAUUCGAGCACCCCGAUUCUUCAUAUUCUACGGCAUUGAUCAACUGGAAAAGCAUUUCCCUCAGAUCAGCACUUUGUUUUACUCUCACUCUCCCACAGUCGUCCCCGAAAUGCCUCCAGGAUCCUACUUGACAAUGACCGAUGGAAGCAACUUUUAUGCUGCAAAGAAUAUUCGAUUUAUACUAUGUUUACCAAGCUUAGAUGUAAGAUUACUUAUUGUAAGAGGGUGUAUUAAAUUGUUUUAGAAAUCAGUGGAUGAAUGGCUAAAGAGGUAUGAAAUUCGAACUGUUCAUUUGCCAGAGCAGGCCAAAGAAAAUCAAGAUGAGCAAUGGGCCAACUUCAAGACCACCUUGGACAUGUUAGUCAAGCGAUCAGAGUACUUUGAUGUAGUCACAAGCACGGUGGAAAUAUUGAUAUUGCCUUUGUUGAGGAUGUUCUCAAUGAAACCGGUACAAUGCCAUUUCUUAAUCUACCAUUUUCCAGAGUUUUUCCUUCGAAUUGAUGCUCUGGCGUUUGGAGAUUGACUUGAAAGAAGCGAUGCCUCAAAUCACAACUGCCAAUUAUGGAGAGCUCCUGAGAUCAGUGACGGUACAAAGCUGCUUCAAUCAUAUACUCGUCUACAUGGAAGGGGAUACUGUAGAAGCCACCAAGUUUGUGGAAGAAAGGGGCAAUGAUUGGGACAGGAACUCGUCGGACAUGGGGAAACUGCCAGCUCCGAUUAGUCAAUUCAGAUUGUCGACUACCGUAAGAUCGCUGUAUGUUGGUGGAAACGGGUUUUUAGGAACCGGGAUUCUGGGUAAAGUGGGCCGACCAUCUCCAAGUGAAGUCGAUGUUGGCCAAAGAGCUCAGUCUCUCUCAGAUUUAUGUCAAUUUCAUUUCCAUUGAUCGAUUCUUCAUAGAAUUUGAGAAGGUUUUCAUAAAUUCGGAGACGCACUUUAUUAUUACUGGGCCUAGAUUUUGUGGGAAGAGUACGGCGGUUAAGGUAAGAUGAUCUGGUUCAGCCCUUCAUCUAACUAUUUAGCGGAUGGUAAAGUACUUGGACUACUCUCAGCAGGGAUAUAAGUUUGUUUUUCUGGAUUGCAUCGGCCGUUUCCAAUUGAGGACAAUGCAAGAUAAAUUGGCGCAGCUUUCAGAAGACAAAAAAAUUGUAAGGAAAUAAAAAUGAUUAUUUUAUGAAUGUUAUUAUUUUUAGUGUCUAAUCAUCGAUCACUUCCACUUCACCGAGACCUGUAAGGCUUUGCUUGAAAUGUAUAAUGACCAGAGUAUGUUGGUCUAUCAGAAUGAACCACAAGUUUGUUCCUCCAAGUUUAAAGUAAGCGGAGUUAUUGCCGUUUUUAUUUAUUUUAGUUCAUCUUGAUCAUGGACACACAGGAAUACGAAAGAUGCUCAAAGUACGGUGGGUUCAAAAGGAAUUUCAAUGUGGUCCCAAUCAAACCUCCGACCUGGGAAGAACUCCGGUACAUCUUCGAACAAUUAUUGAUUUGGCAUCUGAAGACAAAGUAGGACAAAUGAAUAUUUAAUGUAACGAUUCCAGGACUUUCUCAUCCGAUUAUCUCCAACUGGCACCUGCUCUGAGUUUGGCAUCAGAAAAAAUAUUUAAGGCAAUGGGGAGGGUAAGUCCAGGCAGAAAUUAUCGCCAAUACACUUUAAGGACGAAAAAGAAUUGCUUCCCUUUGUGAUCCGCUUGGCGAAGUCGAUGAUGUUUGCCUUCCCGGAUAACACCCCGGACCUCGAUUCGAUGCAGCGGUUGUGGUGUCACGAGAUCCUUCGAGUUUCUGUUGAUCGGGAACUUUCAGAAGAUAAAAGAAGAGCCUUCUUCAAUUCAUUUGAUACCGUGCUCACAGAGACUUUGGGGACCACUAUGGAACGACUUUUCCCUUCGGUUAAAGGCGAUGAACAUGAUGAUGAUGAUGACGAUUUUUAUGGCGUAAGAACGGAAAAAAAUAUGAAUGUGAUUUUGUAGAAGAAAGAAGGGCAUUUGCAACUCGUCGAUUUUGAUUUGGCCCACUUACUCUACUCGGAAAUGGCCGGCCAAGAGACAAUGGAUGGUCUAAACUAUCAAAUUAUCAGUAAACGAUCCGAUUUCAACAAAACUCUGGAGAAUUUACAUUUUGAGUAUACCAAAAAUCACGAAGGAUUCAACAUCGACCUGGUCAUUACGGAGUAACAACAUAAUUCCCGAAUUAAUUUGUUUUAGUUUUGUGUCAGACCAUGUUCAGCGUCUAAUGCAUGCAUUCCGAGAACACAAUGAGCACUUUGUUUUGGGUGGAUUUCCUGGGUGCGGACGAACUCAAUGCGUGAAGAUGGCCGCGUUCGGAGUUGCUGGCCAGAUUUUCCAUUGUUUCUUGGAUCCAACGACCGCGGAAACAUUCGAAAAUUCGUGGAAGUCAACGAUCGUCAGAGCAAUCAAUAUGCUGGUCACCGCGAAUCACCCAGUUGUGGUGGUUUUUCAUUGCGAUUAUUGCGUAAGAAUCUUUGUAGUCAGAUUUGGGUUUGUAAUUGGUAACAACAUGUUUAUAGUUUAAAAUGAUCCCGAAGGAAUGGCUGAAGAUGUUAAAACAGUGGCUACAAGGUCCAAUAAUCGCCGACUUGCUCAAUGACACGGUCGUCAUAAAAAUGGCGGAAAAGAUGAUCGAAAGUGAAAAGACUUUGGCCACGUUAGUACAAUCGUCCAACAUACGACUGCCGGGGUAAGACCACGCAUUUAAAUUAAGGUUAAACUGGUUUAGACAACGGUACUGCCAAUUCUUGUCGUUUGAAGCCUUCAAAAAUGUGGAUCUUCUCCGAUCGACCCUCGAGGCAAGAGUCGCUGAUUUCUUGCAUGGUGUCUUCUUGGCCCCUCCUGAAACGGUGGCGGAGUUCGAAUGGUGCAGUGGAGACCAGUAUAUGGUAAGUAUAUACUUCAUUCAGCUGUUGAUGUUUAGACAAUCGGCAAAAAAGAGACCCGACGAAUUAUGGAGAAGAUAAUCGCCGAAUGUUCGGCCGAAAACAAAGCCCGGCUUUGCGAAACGAUCGAAAUCUUGUUUGCCAAUACCAAGGAUAUCAUCAUAAAGUCGUCCUUCUCUUGUCUGAACCUAUUCCAAGACCCGAAACUUCUCUAUGACCUUACAAGGUUGACUGUUCAGGCCUAUAAUGGAAGGAAUGAGUAAGAUUUGGAUUGAAUUAUGUUCUACGUAUCAUUGUGAUGUUGAAGAAUGUAAAAUAUGAGAUUAUUUGCAGCAUGAUCCAAAAAAGAGUCCAACGUUUGGACAAUGCCCUCCAGACAACGAUGAGAAUCAAGGAAUUGAGUAUUAUUGGGUCCAACAAAACCUUAUGGGAACUGCAAAAACGAAAAGAAGAUCAGACUUUGGUCUAUGACUUCAUCAAGAAAUGCAUCGAAGAGAAUAAAGAGAUCAAAGAGAAGUUAGAAACGGUAAAUUAGUCGCUGCAAUAUUGCAAAAACUGUUUUAUGUUAUGCUUUCUCUUUUUGCAGAAAAUUGCGUCAGUUGAAAAAGACCUCCAAGCCGUCCGAGCAAAGCUGCUACAAAAAACUUCCAAGAUUAACAUGGCCCUUGAAGACCCUGAGGCCGAAUUUCAUGAUGCUUUGGCCGGGCUGUUGGAAUACGAAGCCGAUGAUUACAAGAAGUUGGCUAACAUAAAACAACCUUCUCUUGCCCUAAGGGCUGUUAUUGAAUGUGCCAGGAAACUGGUCGAAAAGAAUUAUAAAUCUGGUGAGUUAUUGUUAUUAACGUUGCUUUAUUUGUGUUUUUAGAUCGGAAUGUGAAUGAGGCAUGGAAAAAUUCUAGUAAAAUGAUAAUGAAGAUGUCGUUCCAACAAAGAAUUAAAGACUUUCGGCCCAAUCAAAUUACUCCUCAGAAACUGAAAGAAUUACAAAGAUCGACCGAUGGAAAGGAUUUCAAGCCUGCUAAGCUGCAGCUGGAAAGCCAUUUAGGCGCGGAAUUGGCGCAAUGGGUGAUCAGUUCCAUCAACGUAGCAAAGUAAGCUUUGUGGUGUCAAUGUAAUAGAUCGAGUAUAAAUUAGAAAUCAUCAUCUAUAAUUUUGAUGAUUUUCAGAUGCAAUCGGUCGAUCAAAACCUUGAGAAAAGCCGCCAAUGAGAUUGAAAAAACAGUUCGAGCCAAAGAAGACCUCUUGGCCGGGCUUACCGAUGACUUGGAAUACCUGGACCGGAGGUCGAAAGCUCUGGAAAAAGAUCUUGAAUCCGAACACAAUGCCGUCUUGAAGCUGACUAGACUCAUAUUUUACAGAGAAAGGGGUGAUUUGGUGUUAAAUUCAAUUGGAGGAAUGCAAAACAGGUAGUCCCUCUGGUGGAUUAUAUUGUUUUAUGUUCAGAUGGAGGAAUAUGGUGUCAUCAACGAAAUCAAAGCUCGAUAAUUUACUUGGGAAUUGUGUUUUCAUGGCCGCUUUCAGAGUUUUGGUCAGUUCGCAAGGUGGAGAGACAAAGAAUGUAAGAAAACUUCCAGAAUGUCAGGUGUUUAGAACAUUAUAACCAAAUGGAGAAGUGCCAUGUUAAGGUAUAACAUCACAUACGAAGAGAAAUUCACGUCCACCCAAAUCCUGGUGGUGGAAUUAUUACGGUAGGAGUGUUUGUUUUUGCUGUUUUAUUUUAUUUUUAGACAAGUCAGUUGGAGAGAGCCAUGGCCGUUGAUCCAAAGUAGACGAGGCGAUAUUUUAAACAUGAUUAAAUUCUUCUACAACGAUUGCAAUACUGUCGACAUGAAGGAUUCAAAAUGGACGGACAAAGAUUUGGUGGAAAAAGUUGUCCGAGCUUCGUAUUCAGAUCAGGCGUUGGUAUGUUACACGUAAAGCUUGAUGAUUUUUUAAUUAAAAUUCUCAUGUUAUUUUUGUUAUAGAUCUUGUUCAACGUUAAGUCAUCUCCUCCUCCAUCUUGGUUCGAACUGUUCUUGAGAGAACCGGAUAAAGAGAAAAGAACCGUGGAAUUAUUGGGGAUGUAUGUCAUGCUGAAUGAGAAUUUCAAACUCAUUAUGCUCACUGAUAUGGAGUUUGUUAUGUUUGACAAGGAAGUCCUCAGAUUGGUAUGUUUAGGAUCUUUAAAGUUUUAUCUUUAGGUUACCCCCGUUAAACUGAAUGAAACCUUUGAUAUAAAAGAAACGCAAGGAUCGGAGAGCUUGCUGUAAGUUUUAAUCGAAUUUAUUGUUAUUUAUGAUCUUGAAGACCUGCCGAAGAAGAUUUACUCAAACUGUUCACCGAUUUCAAUGCCAUCGACAUCCUGGAAUCGGAGGAUGUGACCAAUCAAGUCCUGCAAACAAUUGAUGGAAUUCCAAUGGCCAAUUCUUGA